AAUAUAAAGGAGAGGACUUGGUAAGUUGGUAGUAUAUAUUACUCAUCUUAAAGUCAAACCAAUGGACAUCCUAUGUCUCAUCGUUACUUUCAUCGCAGUUUCAUUUCUUACUACUAUUCUAUGUUUUUCUUUGCUUCUGCUAAAAAUUUACACAGGCAAGUCCAUACAGGACCCUUCAUAUCCACCAGUAAACGGCACCGUUUUUAGCCAACUCAUCUAUUUUAACAAACUCUACGACUACCAAACCCAAGUGGCCACUAAGUGGUCAACCUUCCGGCUACUUGCCCCGGGCCACAGCGAAGUCUACACCACCGACCCGAGAAACAUCGAGCAUGUUCUCAAAACCAACUUUGAUAAAUAUUCAAAAGGUCAAACCAACCAACUCAUAGUAACCGAUCUCCUUGGCCAUGGCAUAUUUGCAGUUGAUGGAGACAAAUGGAAGCAGCAGAGGAAGCUUGCCAGCUUUGAGUUUUCCACAAGAGUUCUUAGAGAUUUUAGUUGCUCUGUUUUUAGGGAAAAUGCCAAUAAACUCGUUGGAGCCGUUUCCGGGCUUUCGGGUCGGGUUUUCGAUAUACAAGAUUUGUUUAUGAGAUGUACUUUGGAUUCUAUAUUCAAAGUUGGAUUUGGGGUAGAAUUGAAUUGCUUGGAGGGAUCAAAUAAAGAAGGGAGUGCUUUCAUGAAAGCCUUUGAUGAGUCAAAUGCUUUGACCUAUGGGCGCUACGUGGAUCCAAUAUGGGAAUUAAAAAGAUAUUUUAGCAUCGGCUCUGAAGCUGCCCUUAAGAAGAAUAUUAAAGUCAUUGAUGAUUUUGUGAAUCAACUUAUCAAGAACAAGAGGAAUUUGUUAGCGCAGAACCAAGAUUGUCAUGUCAAGGAGGACAUACUUUCAAGGUUUUUAAUGGAGAGCCAGAAGGAUCCAGAACAAAUGAAUGAUAAGUAUUUGAGAGAUAUAAUUUUGAAUUUUAUGAUUGCUGGUAAAGAUACCAGUGCAAAUACACUCUCGUGGUUUUUCUACAUGCUAUGCAAGAACCCUCUAAUACAAGAAAAAAUAGCACAAGAAGUUAGAGAUUUCGUUGGUGAUAAAAAUAUCAAAUACAGUGUGAAUGAUUUCAUAGAGAACAUAACUGAUGCUGCUCUAGACCAAAUGCAUUAUCUUCAUGCAGCAUUAACAGAGACCUUAAGGCUAUACCCUGUAGUCCCUAUAAAUGGGAGAUGUGCAGAUAUAGAUGAUACUCUUCCUGAUGGCUUUAAAGUAAAAAAGGGAGAUGGAGUUUACUACAUUUCCUAUGCUAUGGGAAGAAUGCCUCAUCUUUGGGGAGAAGAUGCUGAAGAAUUUAGACCUGAAAGAUGGCUUGUCAAUGGAAUUUUUCAGCCCGAAUCGCCAUUCAAAUUUAUAGCAUUUCAUGGAGGCCUUCGUAUCUGUCUUGGUAAGGACUUCGCAUACCGGCAGAUGAAGAUAUUAUCCAUUGCCCUUCUUCGUUUUUUCCGAUUCAAGUUAGCUAAUGACACUAAAAAAGUAACUUACAGAACCAUGUUCACUCUACACAUCAACGGUGAGCUCCCCGUCUGUGCAGUUUCAAGGGCAGCCUCAUAAAAGAAAAUGUGCAUCGUGUGAUGCAGAAUAAUACUCAUAGCUUAAUAUGGCAGUAUCUCCAGCAAUAAACAAGAAAGUGACAUAUAUAUAUAUAUAUGUAUGAAUAUGAAUAUGAUCAAUGAAGCUGUUUGAUAUUUGUUUGUUGUAAAA